CGUCAUGUUUUGUUUGACCGCCGGGGAGAAGAAGAAGAGCAGCGGUCUAGUUUUUGUCGCAUCCUGAGCGCCGGGAUAAAGAUUUCUGAAGGCCACGGUCCAGAAUCUUUUGGACAUCCCUGCUGGAGGAUGAGAUGAUGAAUGGAGAGGAUGGUCAUCAGCUUCACAAUCAAGUUGUCAUUUGCAGUGGACAGCUGCGUCCCAGAUGACAAAAGGCCGUCCACGCCAGAAGGACCUGAAUCGAAAGCAGCCGGCAGCCAGUCUAAAGGUCCUCACCGCUGCACAGAAUGUGGGAAGGAGUUUUCUCGCCCCUCUCGGCUGGCAAACCACAUGACCACACACUCUGGCGAGAAACGCUACAGCUGUCCAGUGUGCGGGAAGCGCUUCACCCAGAAAGUGAAUGUGGUCAUCCACCAGCGUGUGCACACGGGUGAGAAACCGUACUCCUGCUCCGAGUGUGGGGUGAGCUACGCCCAGAUGGGGUGCCUGCGAAGGCAUCGACUGAAGCACGCCCCAGAAAAACCAUUUCACUGCUCAGUGUGUGGGCGGGGCUUUGUUCAGAAGCGUUAUCUGGUCCAGCACCUACGUUCACACACCGGAGAGAAGCCGUUCGCCUGCCCGUCUUGCCCAAAACGUUUCGCUUCCAGGACGGGCCUCAUAGAUCACAGGAACACCCACGCAGAGGAAAACCUGUUCUCCUGCUCCUUGUGCAAGAAGGUUUUUACCACCAGGUCUUCAUUCAGGGACCAUGUGAGGCUCCACACAGGACAGAACCCCCAUCCCUGCUCGCUGUGCUCUAAAAGCUUCAACCGGCCGGGCUUGUUGAGGAAGCACAUGCUAAAACACGCUGCAGAGGAAAGCACACCUCCUGUGAAGGAGGAGCGGUCUUUGGACGCCUGUCCCACUGCUGAUGACCCCCAGCAGCAGAAUCAAAUCCAGCAGAGGGCGCCGUCAUUCAUUUGCGAAAUCUGCAGCCGUGGUUUUACCAGAGCGAGUCGUUUACGGGAGCACAUGAGGUUUCACACCGGAGAGAGACCCUUCCAGUGUGACGUCUGCAAGAAACGCUUCACCCUUCAGGGGGUGCUGAAGAAGCACCUGGCAAUCCACAGCAGGGAGGGACAGAAUGUCACGGCGCCACCAGGUGACGACACGCCAGCUGAUGACGUCUUGUUAGCUGAUGAGUCCCAACUGCCAGAGGAGGGCGACCAGCCAGAGGACAGCAGCGCCAACGGGCAACAGGAUCUGAUGGUCAAGAUCAAAGAAGAGGAGGGCACAGAAUGCACACCGGUGUCCUAUGAGGGUGCAGCGCUUUCACUGCCCGAGGUCAGUCCAGGUGGAGGAAAGAAACGUCACUCCUGCUCCAUCUGCGGUAAAAGUUAUCAGCGGCCGUCCCGCCUCAAAGAGCACGCCAAAAUCCACUUACCGGAGAAACUGUACAGCUGCUCUGUGUGUGGUAAGGCCUUCUCCACGACGACCAAUCUGAGAGCCCACGAGAAAACUCACAUGCUACACAAACCCUAUCCCUGCGCCAUCUGCCCCAGGAGCUUCCUGCGACCCGCUCAGCUGCACAAACACAUGCGAAUCCACAUCCGGGAUGGACUUGUCAACGGGACCAUGGAGGACUCAGAUGUUUCAGCCUCCAGACCUCAGUCUGGUAGCCAUAGUGAUAAGGCCAGUGUGAAGUUGGAGGAUGAUUGCGAUCUGUCAGAAAACAAAGGAGAUGAUGUCAGCGGGCUGAUCAACUCUGAUGGUGAGGAAGAGGACUGGAGGCCCGUCGUCAUCGAUCAAGACGUCUGUGCAGAGGUCCAGACAGGUGAGCGCAGCGAUGGAAAAGGGAAGUACUGCUGCCCGGUUUGCGGCCGUGACUGCUUCAAGAUGUCCGCACUGCAGAAACACCUGCGGAUCCACUCAGGCGAGCGGCCGUACCAGUGCGCCAUCUGCAAGAAGAGCUUCACCCAGCACGUGCACAUGACCGAGCACCAGAGGAUCCACACCGGAGAGAAGCCAUACGCCUGUCCAGACUGUGACAGGCGUUUCACUUUCUCCAGUGCGCUUCGGCGCCACCAGCGGGUGCACAACGACGCCCGGCCGUAUCAGUGCGAAGUCUGUAGUAAGUGCUUCAAGCAUCCGAGCGCCCUGAAGAGCCACCAGCUAACGCACUCCGGCGUCCGGUACCAGUGUCCGCUCUGCACCAAGAACUUCAGCCGGGCGUUGGAGCUCAGCUACCACGUGGAUAUGCACUCAGACAGCCGGCCGUAUUUCUGUCACAUUUGCCAGAAGAACCUCAGCAACGCAAAGAUCUUCCGCAAACACAUGAAGAAACACGAGUCACCGACUUCAAAGUUGUCACUGAUGACGCAGCUGCGCAAGGAGCAGGUCGAGGCACUUGUAGACGCGUGAAGGUACAACAGAGCACCAGAGCCACGGUUUGGACAGGGGGAAAGAAAUCUGAGGUUUGUAGGGUAAAGUUUCAAGAAGACGUUGAUAAUUUCACUGUAAAUUAACUCUACAGGAAAAAUGACACCACAUUAAAAAGCCGUUUCUGUGAUGUUAAAAACAGUCUGUGCAGUGACAUAUUUUGCAUUUCUGAAUUGUGUAAUUUGCAGGCUGAAUUUCUCACCUUUACACCAUAACUCAUCUCCAUCCCAUCAACAUGGCUACCAUGGAUAUGUUUACAUUCACACCCAAAGCCUGGAUUAGUUGGUAGAUCCAGGAUCUGGGGAUGUUAAUCCAAUUUGACCGGUUCUUGGAACCAAAGUGAGGCUUUGGUUAGGCAAGAAGGAGUCCAUCAUCAUCUGAGAUGGUUACGUGCAGCUGUGGUCAUUGAACGUGGUGAGUCCUUGAGGACUCCUGUCUGAUUUCAUCUGUCAACCUGUCCAUCACCACUGCAAACAGUGUAGUUCUACCUCCAUCUUGAACACACCUGUCAUUCCUGCUGCACAUCUCACCGCUGUUACACUGUCCUUGGACUUAUCUUGCACCACCCUCACAUGUCUCCCUGCCACUCCGGACUUGCUCAUACUGGGCCUCAUGUGUCAACGUUGCGUACGGCGAUAUUUCAGCGUAUAUAGGGUGUAUGCGAAAAUGGCUGCGCUACUUGGCAUUUAUCAAUGUGGUCGUUGGCGUACGGUGCGCUGAAAAUAUACACCAGGUCGAGAGGUGGUGUAAAUUAUACACCAAAAUGAACCAGCACUGGAAUCCA